UUUGCUAUUGACAGAACAGGCAUGUUAACAUAGGUCUAGACGUAGACUAAACAAGAGCAAAUUCAUUAAGGGUUAAUUUUAAUUAUAUUUCUAGACCAUUGGUUACAGCUUUUGAUUAACAAUAGUAUAUUGGUUUCCAAAACAUUCUAGAACAUCGUUAAUAGUUAUGGACGAUGAAGCAGAAACGUAUAAGUUAUGGAGGAUAAGAAAAACUAUCAUGCAGCUCUGUCAUGAUAGAGGAUACCUUGUAACCCAGGAUGAAUUGGAUCAAACUUUAGAGCAGUUUAAAAUCCAGUUUGGUGAUAAACCAAGUGAACAGCAUCCAGCUAGGAAAGACUUGGUGGUGUUGGUAGCACACAACGAUGACCCAACAGAUCAGAUGUUUGUAUUUUUUCCCGAGGAACCAAAGAUAGGAAUCAAGACCAUCAAAACCUACUGCCAGAGAAUGCAAGAGGAGAAUAUUUCCAGAGCAAUAAUUGUGGUUCAACAGGGUAUGACACCUUCUGCCAAACAGGCCUUAGUUGACAUGGCACCUAAGUAUAUUCUGGAGCAGUUUUUGGAGUCUGAGUUAUUGAUCAACAUCACCGAACAUGAGCUAGUUCCAGAGCACGUUGUGAUGACACCUGAAGAAAAAACAGAACUUUUAAAUAGAUAG